UCUUGUAUCCUUUUCAAAAGACCAACGUUUUUUUCUGUCAAGUUUGGGCACACAAUGGUCACACUGGAUAACUUUACAAAACUCAGUCCCAGCUUUGCCACACUUAUUAACCUCCUCCAAUAAAUAUUUCCCUGUGGUUGCGCUCUUCAGUGACUGCACUGAAGCAAGCUCCUCUGUACUGUCAAAGUCUGGAUUUAUGCCUCGUAAGAAUAUCAACAACUGCGCCGCGUCAUGUGCAUCACUGUUCUCAUCCAGGGACAAGGAGAAAUAAUUUACCUCGUCUGUCAGUUGUUCCAUAUUCUCGACGAUGUCCUCAACACGCUGUGUCACUGUUCGUCUUGACGGGUAAACAUUUUCAAACAGCUCUUUCUUGUCGAGGAAAAGUAUUGCUGCAGAGUCAAUUAAACAUUCUUUAAAGAAUUCGCCCUCGGCAAUUGGCUUGCUUUGUUUAGCUAUUUUGUUGGACAAUUCCGUCGUUUGCUGAAUGCACUUUUGUGAAGUCCUUACUGCUUUUGCAACUGAGAAAGCAACUCUUUCGACGCACUUGCACUCCGCUCAGAAGACAUUCCUAUAUUUCUCUGCAUGCUUUGUCUGGAAGUGUCCGCAAUGGGGGACUUUCAGCAAUUUGAACAGGACUUCUACCAGUCAGGGUAUUACAUCGAUGACCAGGGACAGGUGGCCUACGACCAUGGCGAUCGCUAUGACCAUAACCCAGAGUAUGAGGAUGAUGGCAUAGAUGUGUCCAUGCCUGGUGUGUUCACCCCCUCUAUGGGCCAGGCCUUCCAGCCUUCAAAGCCUGCUGGGACAUAUCUAUACACAGCUGGAACAGACGGAUCAUUUGAAGAGGAGCCUCCGUUGCUGGAGGAGCUUGGCAUUAAUUUUGAACACAUAUGGCAGAAGACGUUGACAGUGCUGAACCCUUUGAUGCCAGCAGAUGGCAGCAUCAUGAAUGAGACCGACCUGACGGGCCCUAUUCUGUUUUGUAUCGCUCUGGGUGCCACUUUACUUAUGGCAGGCAAAUCCCACUUUGGCUAUGUCUAUGGGAUCAGUGCCAUCGGCUGCAUGGCGAUGUACACCCUGUUGACCAUGCUGAGUUCCUUGACUGUGUCCUAUGGCUGUGUAGCCAGCGUUCUGGGCUACUGCCUCCUACCCAUGGUGGCACUAUCUGCAUUCGCAGUCAUCUUUUCCCUACAAGGGAUCAUUGGAACUGUCCUGGCCUUGCUGGUGAUUGGCUGGUGCAGUUUCUCAGCUUCCAAGAUCUUCAUCUCCACCCUGGCUAUGGAGGGCCAGCAGCUGUUGGUAGCGUACCCCUGUGCCCUGCUUUAUGGAGUCUUUGCCUUGCUAACAGUGUUCUAAAGGCCACUACAGUCGCCGACUGUCAACAGAGAUCCCAUUUCUGAGGCACUACGUAUCCCAUAUGGGUAUCAGUGCUGUAUAUGGGUGUGAAAAUAACAUUGAGUUAUAUAGAGUUGUAUUCCUUUCUUUUUUGAAAUGGGGACUUAGUUUUUUCAUGGGGAUUACUUUACAUUGUGAAAAUGUAAUCUGGGUGUGUGAUUGGUUGACAUUUGUUCAUUGGAAUGUGCCAAUAAAUGUAAUUUGAAACAUUA